UUGAUGUGGUCCAUGGCAUGGCCAAUAAUAAUUUUUAUUAUAGUAAAUUAUAGGAGGCCUUGCCUUAGACUACACUGAUGAGUGGGAUUACACUCGACACUACUGUUCAAGUCACGUGAAAGUGAGAGUAAAGAAAAAGCAGUUGAAACAUGAGCUACUGGUGACUAGUGGCUUGUAGUUAACACGAACAGUAACAGGGUCGAGGUUCCAGGUCUCGAAUUCAAAAAUAUAUAACGGUGCUUCAGUCGUCAGAGUGAUUAUAUUAUAUAAUUUAUAACCUACUAAUCUAGACUCUAGAUCUAGAUAUCUAGAUCUAUUUAUAUCUAGAUCUAGAUCUAAAUAUAAAAUAAGAAAUUUAAUCAGUCAGAGUGAACUUUAUAGCCUACCUACUAUAGAUAUCUAGAAAGGUUUUGGUAAAACUUUUACUAGAUAUUCACAGCAAAAACACUGUUUCUCAGGGCUUUUUCUGUCUGUUUUUGUCGGAAGAAUCACCAUCCCAUUAUAUUACAUAAUAUAUUUUAGAACUUACAACAAGAUAUUUCAGUAUCACAUUGUGUAUGGAUGCUGUUGCUGCAGUUUCUGAGAGUCUGCUGUGUGAUUGGAUGACAAUUAUUUUGAUUCGCUUCUCUCGUGUGCGCCACAGUCAAUCAUGUAGACUGAGACAUUUUAAAAUGCAUUUUUGCUGCCUCCAAUAUUGUUUAUCGAUCUGACACUGAACCAACUUGUAUAACUAUGAGUUCUUACGAGAGCCUAGGACCCACUUCAUAUGACGACAGUAUGUCUGACUCGCCUUCAUACGAACAUGAACAGACUCCCGCAUCGUCAAGAGCAGAAAAGAUCAGCCGUGGUGCUCACAAGCUUCUGUGCUCACGAGAGUUUGUCAAGGCACUAAUAUUUGGUCAGUGUCUGUCCGUUCUGCUCUGUGGGACUGGGGUCUUUUCAGGGCUGCUACAGGAACAAGGCGUUAAUAUCCCAACGGCCCAGAGCUUCCUGAUGUAUUGCGUCCUGUGUCUUGUAUUCACCACCAAACUUGCAUUCCAGUCGGGAGAGGGAAAUCUUGUAUCUGUACUCAAGUCCUCAAGAGGUUGGAAGUACUUUUUGAUUGGCUUAAUUGAUGUGGAGGCGAACUUCCUGGUGGUGAAAGCCUAUGGAUAUACCUCCGUCACGAGUGUACAGGUUUUGGACUGUUUCAGUAUAGCCACAGUUAUGUUGCUGUCAAGAAUCUUCCUGAGAACGCAGUAUCGUUUCCUUCACUACUGCGGAGUGGGCACAGCACUGCUGGGCCUUGCAGGGAUGGUUGGUGCCGAUGUCAUCACGGGCAAAAACGGGGAUGGAGGAGGUUCCAACGUGGCCCUGGGGGACGUGCUGGUCAUCUUGGGCGCUGCCCUGUACGGGAUUAGCAAUGUAGCCCAGGAGUUUGUGGUCAAGUCCUACAACAAGUCCGAGUUCCUGGGCAUGCUGGGAAUGUUCAGCACUCUGGUGGCUGGGAUACAGGUGAUAGUCUUGGAGAGACAGGAGCUGUCGAAGGUUGACUUCACAUCUUAUAAAAUAGUGUUGCCUUGGCUGGGGUUUGUCCUGUUCCUGGUGGCCAUCUACUUGUGCAUGGCGUACGUGAUACAGCAGACGAGCGCCACCAUCACCAACAUCUCCCUGCUCUCUGCUGACUUCUACGCGUUGAUCGUCGGAAUUUUUAUCUUUGGCUACUCAUUUCAUGUUCUGUACCUUAUUUCCUUUGUGGUUGUGAUACUUGGCGUGGCCAUCUACAAUUUCCGUCCCACCGAGCAGGCUGUGUCUGUGAACAACGAAGUGGAACUGCUCAAGUAGACAAUUCUGUUUGGUGCUUACUCAGUUAUGGGUAACUGAUGGAUGUUGGACUUUUAUGAUCUCUCAUUUGAAAAAAAGUGAGAAAUGUUUGAUUAUAAAAAGUGCGUUCAAAAAGAAAAUGUUGGACUAUUGUAAUCUCUCAUUUGAAAAGUGAGAAACGUUUAAUUAGAGAAUGUGUUCAAA